AGUUUGUCCCUCUGCGGCCUCCACUCCGUACAGCCUGGUGAGACGGAAGUAACCUUUUGAACGGCGCGGUUUAAUUUCAGAAUCAGCAAUUUGGAAGUGACAGUGAAAGAAAACGCAGACAGAAUGGCCUCCUCUGGCACAUUCAUCGACGAGGGCGCUUUCAAGACCCCUAAAAACGCCCGAGUGAAGAGCUGUGUAAGCAGCGGAGGAACCCCAGUCACCAUCCCGGCCUCACCCUUCAUGAAGAAGCUGGGCUGUGGGACCGGAGUCAACGUUUACCUCAUGAACAGAAUGGGAAAGUUGAAUGGGUCUCCCUGGGCUGUCAAGAAGAUCAACACCAAGUGUGCCACCAAACAGCUGGCGGUUUACCAGAAGCGCCUGAACGAGGAGGCGGAGGUCCUGAAGGGAAUCGAUCAUCCAAACAUUGUUGGGUUUCGUGCCUUCACCACGGCCAAAGAUGGAUCAAAGUGUCUGGCGAUGGAGUACGGAGGAGAGCAGUCCCUCAAUGACCUGAUCGAGAAGAGGAAGGAGGACGGCCUGAAAGCUUUCCCGGCUGCCAACAUAGAAAAAGUAGCGCUGCAUGUUGCUCGUGGCCUUCAGUAUCUCCACAGCGAGAAGAAGCUGCUGCACGGCGACAUGAAGUCUUGUAACGUCGUCAUCAUGGGCGACUUUGAGACCGUCAAGAUCUGCGAUGUCGGUGUGUCUCUGCAGCUGGACGAGAACAUGAGAGUGUCGGACCCAAAGGCGGAGUACAUCGGCACAGAGCCGUGGAAGCCCAAGGAAGCGCUGGAGGAGGAAGGACAAAUCACUGACAAGGCGGACAUCUUUGCCUACGGUCUGACUCUGUGGGAGAUGAUGACCCUGGCCAUGCCUCAUCUGGAGAUGUUGGAUGAUGAUGAUGACGAUGACGAUGACGAUGAAGAGGAGGUUGAAGACGACUCGAUGGAGGAGGGUUUUGACGAGGACGCCUACUACCAGAAGCUGGGAACGAGACCGGUGCUGGACUUCGAGGCUCUGGGCAGCUCGUACCAGAGGACGGUGGAGCUCUUCUAUCUCUGCACCAAUGAGGACCCCAAGAUGAGACCCUCAGCCGCCCAGGUGGUCCAGGCUCUAGAGAGCAACGCUCUGCUGGAUAAAACGUCCAGCGAGGUGAUCGUCAUCGACUGAUUUCAUCGUAUAAGCACUAGUUUAUUCGGGGAGGGUUGUAUUCAUUUAGAAUCUCAAGCAAAUGCAUUUGACGUGAAGCGCAUGGUCAUCUCUACUGUACAUCUUUGUUGACUCUCAAUAGCACAUUUUAUUUGUAUGUCGUCUUUGCUAUAAAGUUGUUUUCCCAUGUAAGUCAACUUUUAUAGUGUGUAAAUGUUUUUGCUUUCUCGUUUGUUUCUGUAAACUUUAAUAUUUCUUGAUAAAACUUUUGAGCUCCGUUUCUAUUUUCUA